AUGGACAAAGAAGAUACAUCUCCCUUGAACGUAGCUAAUUCAUUGUAUGACACUAGUGUAGCAGAAGAAGCCCAGUUAGAAGCCCAGUUAUUAGCCCACAGAGAAGCCCAAGCCCAGUUUGAAGCCCAGCAGAAAGCCCAGUUAAAUACUAUAGUAGAUACCCAAUUAUUAGGUAGCACAAGUAAAACCCCAAGUCCACAAUUAGGAGUAGUCACACGUAGCAAAGUCACAGAAAGUUUUGAACAUCAGUCGUUAGAUUUUAUAUCUAAAUCACGCAAUAAAAAAAUGGCAGUAACCAUAAAAUUAGAAGACGCUUUUAAAUUAAUUCCAGUAUGCACAGGGAUAGACGAUAUUUACCAAUUUAUAAAUGCAUGUGAUAUGGCAGUAGGUUUAGUCGACGCAACUAGCGCACCAAUAUUAGUAAAAUAUAUCACUACGCGAUUAACGGGUAGAGCGUUAGAAAUGAUUAAAUAUAAAAACGUAACAAAAUGGCAAUUCAUAAAAGCAUAUUUAACAGACGCAUUCGAAGUAACAACCAAUGCAUCGACGUUACAACUUCAAUUAAAUUCGAUUAGAAUGAAUCACAAUGAGGAUGUGAACGAUUAUUGCCAUAGAGUAGAAAAACUAUAUUAUCAAUUAUGUACCGUAAGCACGUUAAACAAAGAGGCUGCAGAAGCAAAAAUUAUACAUGAAACAUUAAGGGACCAAACUCUAGCAGUAUUCAUUAAAGGAUUAGUAGAACCGAUUAGAACGAUAGUAAAAUCUCGUAAUGCUAAAACUCUUGAAAUCGCGAAACAAAUCGCUAUGUCAGAACAGGUAGAAUUAAGAUUAGAACAGGAAAAUAGGAAUCAUUAUUCGAGUAGUUAUUCGCAAAACAAUAAUCAACGUAGACCAAAUUAUGAAAAUAGGAACAACAGGAACGUAAGACCAAAUAACUUUGUAAGGCCGAAUAAUUUUGCGCAAAAUAAUAAUCCACGAGCAAACAAUUUCUCUCAACCAAUUAAUAGACCACCAAUAAAAUGUUAUAACUGCAAUGGAAAUCAUUUUGCAUCACAAUGUAGAAAUAAUUCGAGACCUAACUACGCGAGCAACGGAAAUAACAACCGUCCACCUAAUAGAAAUAAUUUUACGCAACCGCCAACAAAUUAUAAUGCACAACCAGUUACGUGUUCAUAUUGCAAUAAAAUCGGUCAUAACGUAGAUUCAUGUUACAAAAAGAGAAACGACGGAAGUAGAAAUAAUUCGGGAAACGCCAACGUGUCGAACGAGGUACGCGGUACUCGCACGAUAAACCAGAUUAUCGCGGAACAACCGACGAACGAAUAUUUCACAUAUUCGCAAAACUAG